AUGGACAUGAUCGACAGCAUCGAGUGCGUGUCGUCGUCGGACGGCAUGGAGGACGACGACGCCAUGUCCUCCAACCUGCCCCGCCCCUUCCUCAAGGCCUCGGCGGCGGCCAUCGCGGCGGCCAGCAUCGGGGUGGUCCCCGGCGGCAGCGUCCACGAGCUCCUGGAGUGCCCCGUCUGCACCAACUCCAUGUACCCCCCGAUCCACCAGUGCCAAAAUGGGCAUACCCUUUGUUCUACUUGCAAAGCUCGGGUGCACAACCGCUGCCCUACCUGUCGACAAGAGCUGGGCGACAUCAGGUGUUUGGCAUUGGAAAAGGUGGCUGAAUCACUUGAGCUACCAUGCAAAUACUACUCACUAGGUUGUCCAGAGAUCUUCCCAUACUAUAGCAAGCUCAAGCAUGAGUCGCAGUGCAAUUUUAGGCCAUACAGCUGCCCUUAUGCGGGAUCUGAAUGCUCCGUUGUUGGGGACAUUCCUUUCCUUGUUUCACAUCUGAGAGAUGACCAUAAGGUUGACAUGCAUUCUGGGUGCACAUUCAACCAUCGUUAUGUCAAGUCAAAUCCCAGAGAAGUUGAAAAUGCAACUUGGAUGCUAACUGUUUUCCAUUGUUUCGGGCAGUAUUUCUGCUUGCAUUUUGAGGCCUUCCAGCUCGGAAUGGCGCCAGUCUACAUGGCAUUCCUCCGCUUCAUGGGCGACGAGAAUGACGCAAGGAACUACAGCUAUAGCCUUGAGGUGGGUGCCAAUGGCAGGAAGAUGAUAUGGGAGGGCACGCCCCGGAGCAUCCGGGACAGUCACCGCAAAGUGCGUGACAGCCAUGACGGCCUCAUAAUCCAGCGGAACAUGGCACUCUUCUUCUCCGGUGGGGAGAGGAAAGAGCUGAAACUGCGGGUGACUGGCCGCAUCUGGAAGGAGCAGCAGAACCCCGACUCGGGAGCCUGCAUCCCUAAUCUCUUCAGCUGA